AACAACACUGCCACUUAAAACAGGAAGCAAGGAACCGAAUAUGAAAAUAGUAAACUAUUUUAAAAUAUAUUUUUAAAUACAUCAAAAUCUUGAUUGGAGAUCUGCGAUUAAAACCGGCAGAUCCGUACAAGCCGGAAAGAGAUUAUUAAUCACAAGUUGUGACUCAGAAACCUUAUGUUUAUAACAGCACAGAACGGAAUUAACUUUACCAGUAUUACAAUGGACGUGAACACAGCCAAACUCGUCACAAUUAUAUCUCGGCUUCAAUAUGAGCUGGACUCCACAAAACGAAAACUUCGAAUGGAAGAGGAAGAAAAAGAAAAGGCACUAACACGGUUGAGCUCUAUAGCGGGAUCAAAAUUAUCAUAUAAUAAUCCGGAUAUCGCCGACUUGUCCGACAAAAACAGGCCUCAGAAAAUUGGUGAAAAAUUCAAUGAACUUUACGACAACGAGUGGACUGAUGUCCUCGAUAUUCUGUCGGAGACCAUGGAUGAGAAAGUGGCGGUUCUGAAGCUCAGAGCUGUUCUCGAGUACAUAUACAAGAAAACGAAAAAGGGAUCUGAGGACCAAUAUAAAAGCCUUCAGGACGCUCUGUUCCAGAGAGACCUGAGAAACUCUGAGACAAAGAAUUUCAUAGAGAUAUACAAAAAAAUCAGCGAAUUACAGAAAUCUGUGUUAACAUUGUCAAUCAGCAAUACCAAGCAGUCUUUAAGGGAAGAUUCUGAUUUUAUGCUGCCAUAUGAAAUUGUGGUAAAUUGUUGUGAGCCGUUCGUUGACAAAUGUGUAGAACUUUGUUGGAUGAUGCACAUUCAGGAUCCACCUAUGAGUUUAGACUUUGGAUCAUCGAAGACCGUAGAUCAGCACAUGUUUAGGCUCUUCACCAGAUCGGGAAAUGUGGUAGACUUUGUCGUGUGGCCUGCUCUCUUACUGCAUGAAAAUGGACCACUUGUUCAGAAGGGCGUUGUUCAACCCGUGAAAGUAAAACUAAAAGGGAAAUAAAUAAAAUAUGCAAAUGUUGUUUUACCGCUCAUAAAUACCUUUAAGUGCCAAAUUUUACAUCAUUGUUUUGAACUUGUUACCUUUAUUGUUGUUAUUUUGUUUUUAUUAAAAAUGAAUAUUUCAAA